UGCAUCUCAUUUUUUAUCAUUAAUUUGAAUUUAAUAACAUAAAAUGACCCUUGUAACGACUGGUGUCAUGCUAGUAUCGGCUAAAACCCCAUGUAUAAUAUAAUUUGCAGGUGCCAGCCAACGCCCUCCUCCCACAGUGUACGCAACGCCGGUACGGGAUCAGGACGCACGGACACAGUCGGCAGGUGGAGCAGUCUGCCGCCAGUCCGCCAUCGGCCAACGCGGUCGCCGCCGCCGUUGAACGCCGUUGCUCCAGUUCCUCCGCCUGUUCGCCGGAAGAGCAAUGAGAUACAUGCUGAUAGCAUAUCAGUAAAGGAAUCCACCCGAGUAAUUGACAGCUCACCAAGUCAAGAGCAUUGAGAAGAGAUGUUGAAGGUUCAGAGUUUUUUCUCACAUCUUCCCGACAGUUUUUAUCUUAGAGCCCCUUCUGUGAUUUCGUUAAUAGAAACAAAACAUACUUUACACCUUGUAUCUACAAUCAGAAAUCGGCUUCGAGCUCAAGCUUUCUCAACAAUUUCAAGUCAUGAUCUUUAUCUAUUUAACUCCAAAAAUGGUGAAAAAGAGAAGUUUACUCCUACCAUGCCUGGUAACGUAUCAAUUUACCUAUGUGGUGUGACUCCAUAUGACUAUAGUCACGUUGGCCAUGCUCGUACCUGUGUUGCUAUGGAUGUCCUCUUUAGAUACUUGAAACACAAGAACUAUGAAGUCAACUAUGUAAGGAAUUUUACCGACAUCGAUGACAAGAUUAUUUGUAGAGCAAACCUAUUGGGUGAAGACCCAUUAGCUUUAAGUAAGAGGUUUAGUGAAGAGUUUCUUCAUGACAUGUCUGAGCUUCAAUGUCUCCUUCCUACUUACCAACCCCGAGUGUCUGAUCACAUCAAUCAAGUUAUAAGUUUAAUACUUCAGAUUCUAAGGAAUGGUUGUGCUUAUGUAGUUGAAGGAAAUGUGUAUUAUUCAAUAGACAAAUUCCCAAACUACGGUCACUUAACAGGAAUGAAGUCAGAAGAAAAUAUAUCUGGUAUACGAGUUGAACUUGAUAAAAGAAAGCAAAAUCCAAAGGAUUUUGUUCUGUGGAAGGCUGCAAAGGUCGGUGAACCAAGUUGGGAUAGUCCAUGGGGUGCAGGAAGACCUGGAUGGCACAUAGAGUGCAGUGCACUAAGCUCUCAUUACCUUUCUUUUUCAUUUGAUAUCCAUGCAGGGGGAAUGGAUUUGAUGGUCCCACAUCAUGAGAAUGAGAUUGCCCAGAAUUGGGCUGCUUGCUCUGAGAGUAAUAUAAGCUACUGGAUGCAUAUUGGUACCGUCACUAAGAACAAUCGUAAGAUGUCAAAGUCAGAUGGAAAAUUUAUCACCAUUCGUGAUGUCACUAAAAAUUACCAUCCCUUGGCACUUAGACAUUUUUUCUUGCGAACACAUUACCGAUCAACGGUUGAUUAUUCAUCUUCACAAGUUGACACUUCAUCCGAGGCUGUUUUCUACAUUUAUCAGACCUUGCAAGAUUGCCAGGACAUUAUAUCAAAAAUCCAUGGAGACAACAGGUACGAAGGGGUUGAUAUGAGUUUUGGAGCCGUUGAACUUACACAUAGUGCUCAAAAUUGUAUUGACAAGAUGCACAAGGAGUUUCACGAAAAAAUGGCAGAUGAUUUGCACACAUCUCAUGUGUUAAAUGUUGUUCUUCCAGAGGCCUUAAAGUUUGUGAACAGUAUUUUAAACAAGAAGAAGCAUGAUAUAUUAAUGUGUCAAUUCUUAAUGGAGAUCGAGAAAGAAAUUAGAGAAGUACUGUUCGUUCUAGGAUUAUUGUCACCAUUCCCUUACUCUCAGGUUUUGCAAGAGUUGAAGCACAAAGCACUUGUACGAGCAGGAUUAGUUGAAGAGGACAUUCUCCGUUUUAUAGAGGAAAGAGCUUUGGCAAGAAAACAUAAAGAUUACUUAAGAAGUGAUAGAAUUAGAGAUGAAUUAGUUAGAAAAGGCAUAACUUUAAUGGAUGUUGGCAACGGAACGAUUUGGAGGCCAUGUCUCCCUAGCCAACAUUAGUUUUGGAUAACCUAUGCUACUCCAAGAAUAAUUUCAAGUUAUUGGUAAAUAUUUAGCUUGCAGGCUGAAUAAAGUUGUUUAUGUUCUCAAGCUUUUCUUGGCUCUGGCAUUAUUACCGCAGGUGUGCUUCCUAGGAUCCAACUUUGUCGGAGUUCACCUCUUCCAAGUGGGUUGUUUCUUUCCAGAAUUGUGAAGUUGUGAUGUCUGCAACAAAAAUGCUAGGAACCCACCACGGGUGACUCUAAAGAUGACAAUCACUGGUGAUUUAUACAUACAGAGACGUUUAUCGUUUGUGAACAUAGAUGAUCAUUGUCUGUAAGUAUAAAAUCAUCUGUGAUUGUAAUUAUCAUUCAUUGGGGCAACCGUGGUGGACUUCUAGCAUGAUCCAAUAUGCAAAGUGAUGAGUGACGUUGUUGCUACUGCGUUGUGGCACCAAAGACAAAUGAAGAAAAUGAACAGCUCCUAUAUGA